GAUGAAAGAGUGGACUUCAUAUUUGAGCAGGUGCAAAAUGUAUUGCUGUCUCUGAAACAAAAGAUCAAGGAUGGAACUGCAACAAAUGAAGGUUUGAAACCCUUGUGAUAAUUAUGCAUGACUAGAAUCAAAUCUUGGGCCACCUUACCUGAAGCUGUUUGAUAACUUGCCAGACCUUAACUGUAAAUUUUAAAUAUUUAUAUAAAUAUACAAAAUAUAUAUAUUGUGCCCAAGGAUGGUGGUAUUAUUACUUAUUAUUCAUAUUAUCAUAGCACCCAAGAGCCCCAGUCUAUGGACCAGUACCCCAUUGUGCUAGAUGCUGUACAAAGAUGGAACAAAAAAAGACAGACCCUGCCCCAGAGAACUUGCAGUCUGUGGGUACAUUUGCACUAGCAACUGUAGAUGUCAAUGCAUGUCCAUAAGCCCCCUACCAUCCACUCCUAAACUCCAGAAGCACAUGUCUGAAGGUGAGUAGAGGGCGUGUUAGCUGACAUGCCUGGAGAGUGUGGGCAAGUACAUGUAUGGUCCACACCCGGGCCAGUUAGCAGUGUUGACAGGCAUAAAGGGGCAUGUAUCAGGUCUCAAGUUUCACUAGUCCUCCAUCCCCAUUCCCACAAUGCACUGAACUUGUUUCUGCCUCACCCUCCUUAUCAAAUCUAUAAAGGUCUCUGUGUCGUCUGUCUGUCCUCCUCUGUGUUCACCAGUAGUAGCAAGCUGCACUGACUACAUCAAACAACUUUCCCCUGCGCUCUUUAGCUCAAUAUAGGUGAAUUGUGAGUCCUGCUCCAAGAGUGGCCGCCCAGCCCACCAGCCAUAUUCAUGUGCCUAUCAAUGUGUGCUCAGAGUACUACUUGCCUGGAAUGGCAGGAACAAAUAUCUAUACCGAGAAAUUUCACAGAGGCUGGAGUUCGGGGGACUCUGUCCUCAUACUGGGAACACAUCAAGCACUGAGGGUCCUGGACAGAAAAGCAAAAGACUCCAACAGUAGCCCUGGGAAGGCUCGUCGUACCUGCCCCUUUCAUGAUGGUCAGAAUGGGGUGCUGUUGAGGACUCCCAGUACAAAGCCUGAAGUGGCUCAUGCUCCCUUCCUCAAGUCCCCCAGCCUCAAUGUCCGACAGGAGGCCAGUGCGGGCCAAGGUGAGGAGGCAGCAGGGACUGUAGAGGAUGUCUGGAAGACCCAGAGGACAAGGAGCAGGUGAUUCUCCACCACUACCUAGAGGAGCUGGUUAAGGAAUGCCUCUCCACUGAUGAAACUGAGGAGGACCCCAAGCUGUGGCAGGAGCCAGAACUGAAGGCUGUAAACGAAGUGACUACUGAAGAUGGGAUGCAGAGAAGCAAACCUAGGUUACAGCCUUCUGUAUCAAAUGAAAAUACAACAGGUUCUCCUCUAAGGGAGGCGAAAGAAAAAUCACACUCAGGGAAUGAAGAUGAAUGUCGUGAAACAAGGGAGUUAUCUUUAAAGCUGUGUUACCAGAAUCCUGCCUGCUCUAGUAUAUGUCUUGCCAACAGACCACUGAACUCAUUCAAGGGGGAAAAUCCUCUUAAAAUACCAAUCCUAUGUGAUUUCCAGAGACGACAUGCAAAAGCAGACUCGCUUUCAAAGUCACUUGAUGUGAAUUAUAAGGCCCCCUGUGGGAGGAGUCUGAGAAACUUUCAAGAUGUGCAGAGUUACCUGUUUGAAACAGAGUGCAGCUUCUUAUUUGUCGAUCACUUUUCUUUCAACACAUACGUACAGCUGGGCAGAAACACUCUGAACCGAGAAGCACUUGUAUUUGAUUUUGAUAUCAGCAAUGGAGCUGAGUCUGUGCCCAUUUCCUUCUGUAAUGAAGUUGACAGUACAAGAUUACCUUAUUUUAAAUAUAGGAAGGCCUCGUGGCCACGUGGGUACUAUCUGAACAACUUCUCCAGCAUGUUUCUUGACUCAUGUGACUGUGCAGAUGGCUGCACAGAUAGGUCAAAAUGUGCAUGCCUACAGCUGACUGCAAAAGGCUGCAUUGAAAAUUCUGCCUCACCAAGUAACAGAGCAUCUUGUGGUUACAGGUAUAAAAGACUGGAUGGACCUGUCCCCAGUGGAAUUUAUGAAUGCAACUUAUCAUGCAAGUGUGACAGAAUGAGGUGUCAGAACAGAGUAGUACAGCAUGGCAUCCAAGUUCGGUUGCAGGUGUUCAACACGGACCGGAAGGGCUGGGGCGUCCGCUGUCUAGACGAUAUUGACAAAGGAACGUUUGUUUGCACUUAUUCAGGCAGGUUGAUGAGCAGAGCUGAGCCUCAGGAAACCAGAGAUGUAAAUUAUGAUGCUGAAAAAAAGGAUGCUGUGAAUGACACAAGCCUCAGCUCACUUUCAGUAAAGAGAAAACUGGACACUGCUUGUUCAGAUUCUGAGAUCGAACUUAUCCAGACUGGUAAAGAAAGCAUUAACAGGAGGUGUGAACCUUUAUCUCAGCCUGUGGAUGAUGAAUAUAAACCAGUUGUUCGUGAGGUGAAAGGUGGUGGAAAGCUACAGGAAGGAGGAUGGCUGAUCCCAAACUGCAGGAGCUGUAGGAGAGAAGGCUUUUGCAGUAACAUGGUCAAGACUGUGUGGGGAGUCAGAGAGGGGAGUAGAGAGAGAAGGUCUGUGAGAGUUCAGAACUAUGGAUAUAAUCCAAGGAAUCUGAGAAGCCCAGCCAUUAGGCCUAAAACCAGAACUGCUAUUCUUCAGACUCGCCAGCUAAAACUGGGAAUUGCUACACUGGUGCAUGAUGCCAGCUCAGAUGAAGAUGAUAGUUGUCAGCCCCAGCAGUCAACCAAAACGAAACUAACCACUGGAACCAAGAAAGGAAAGGAAAAACCCAACCUGCAGCAAAAGGUAGGCGAACACGAGGAGGCCAUGCAGUCUGAGUCAAGCACCAGAGAUACUGCAAAAUCUAAAGAAAAAAGGCCAUCUCCAGAAGAUGCUAGAGGUGGUAAAUCAGCCAGGCUAGAUGAUGCACAUGUUAUGAAACAGUCCAUGGGCCUACUCCAAAGAGAUGACUUCAAAGAGGGAAAAAAUAGGAGGUCCAAACAAGAUCCUCUUUGUAAUGAGGAGGCAGGUGGUGAUGAGACACCUCUGAAGAAUUCUAAUAAAGACCAUAUUUAUUUAUUGGAUGCCUCAAAAGAAGGAAAUGUGGGCCGAUUUCUUAAUCAUAGCUGCUGGCCAAAUCUCUUUGUGCAGAGUGUCUUUGUAGAGACACACAACAGAAAUUUCCCUUGGGUGGCAUUCUUCACAAACAGGCAUGUGAAAGCUGGAACCGAACUCACGUGGGAUUAUGGUUAUGAAGCUGGAAGCAUGCCAGAGACCGAGAUCUCCUGUCAGUGUGGGGUUCAGAAAUGUAGGAAAAAAAUAUUAUAGACAAAUGUUUACAACUACCACCAUGUCCAUGUAAAUUUGAAAUUCACUUGCAAGAAAGGACUGUACUGUGUGCGGCAGAAUUACAAUUCUCCAGUGGACUCAUACAAGCUUGUGCACUAGACUAAUUUAAUCCCUUCCAACUAAAGGGCCUGUGCUGAUGAGAUGUGUGAAUCUGAUUAUUUUUAAAUGCGCCACUGCUUGCUUUUUCGUAUGUAGCAGAAGAAAUGUGAAACGUGUUUGUCAUAAGCAAAAGCAUAAAACUGUAUCUAGGCUA